AUGACUCGCUUUGAAACGCUUCAACUGCAUGCCGGCCAAGUGCCCGACCCUACCACCAAGGCCCGUGCGCCACCGAUUUAUGCCACGACUUCGUACGUGUUCGACAACUCGGCACAUGGUGCUGAUCUGUUUGGUCUGCGCGCUGCAGGCAAUAUCUACUCGCGCAUCGGCAAUCCCAGUGUGGAUGUGUUUGAGCAGCGCAUGGCGGCUUUAGAGGGCGGGGCCGGGGCAGUGGCCGCGUCGUCAGGUCAGUCAGCGCAGGCUCUGGCGCUUCUUUCCCUCGCAAGUAAUGGCGACAACAUCGUAUCGUCCUCGUCCUUGUACGGCGGUACGUACAACCAGCUCAAGGUACUCUUCCCCAAGUUUGGCGUGCAUACCAAAUUUGUAUCGAAGCCCACGCCCGAGAAAUUCGAGGAAGCCAUCGACAGCCACACCAAAGCCGUCUUCCUCGAGUCCAUCUCAAAUGCCAAGUACACUGUGCCAGAUCUCGAACGUAUUGCUGUCAUGGCACACAAGCAUGGCGUACCCGUUGUUGUCGACAACACAUUCGGUAUGGGCGGAUACCUUGUGCGCCCCAUUGAACACGGCGUUGAUAUCGUUGUGCAUUCCGCAACCAAGUGGAUCGGUGGUCACGGCACGACGAUCGCCGGUGUCGUGAUCGAUUCGGGCCGCUUUGACUGGGUCAAGAGCACCCGUUUUCCCCAGUUCACGGAGCCAUCUGAAGGCUACCACGGCCUGCGAUUCUCCGAUGCCUUUGGCAACAUGGCCUUUAUUGCAUACGUGCGCACAGUCCUAUUGCGUGACCUCGGUGCAUGCAUGAACCCGUUCGCCAGCUUCCUGUUACUCCAGGGCGUCGAAACACUCUCGCUGCGUGCCGAGCGCCACUGUGAGAAUACACUCGCCCUCGCGCAAUGGCUCGAUAAGCACGAUCAGGUCGCUUGGGUUCAGUACCCCGGCCUCGAGUCGCACCCUUCACACCAGACAGCGAAAAAGUACUUGCAGCGCGGUUUCGGCGGUGUGCUCUCUUUUGGUCUUAAAGGCACAAAAGAGCAGGCCAGCACGUUUGUGGACUCUCUCAAGCUUGCAUCGAACUUAGCUAAUGUGGGCGACUUGAAGACACUCAUUAUUCAUCCCGCCUCGACGACGCACCAGCAGCUGACGGACGAGGAGCAAGAGAUGUCUGGCAUCUCGAAAGACCAGAUCCGUGUGUCCGUCGGUUGCGAGCAUAUAGAUGACAUCAAGGCCGACUUUGAGCAGGCCUUUGAUGCAGUGAAGAAUUAG